ACAGUAUUUAUACCAGUACAUUUUCACAUAUUUCCUGUCGGGUAAUGUAUAUUACAAUAAGAAAAUACCACCUUCAACGUACAUGAAACUAUCCAUAUUAUAUCCCGACGGCUUUGAAUUUAGUUGUUCACAAGACAAAAUAUCACCAGAGAAAAUAGGAAUAUUUACCCAAGAUAGACCGAGCAACUUAUCUGAUUUCAUCUCUCCGAAUCUUUGCAAGGAAUUUCAUCUUUAAACACCGCUCUGGUGGGUUCAUUCGAAGGAUUCAGAAGGAAAGAAGAAUAAUAUUACCAAAAAGGAAAUAUUCAAAUAACAUGGAGAGUUACGCUGAACACGAUGUUGUCCCUCACGUAUUGGAUGCGCCACCACCCGCCAUCUUGAAAGUGGAAUGGGACAAGGAUGUCAAAUGCAUGCUGGGUAAUGAACUAACUCCCACACAGGUGCAAAAGCAACCGUCUGUCCUGGAGUGGGAAGCGGAGGAUGGCGCCCUCUAUACGAUCCUCUUCACCGAUCCCGAUUCGCCUUCUCGAACCGAUCCGGACCGCGUUGAGGUUGUCCACUGGUUGGUGUUCAAUAUACCCGGCUGUGACGUCAGCAAAGGUCUUGUCCACGCCGAAUACAUUGAAUCGGGUCCGAGAGAGGAAACGGGUUUUCACAGGUAUGUUUACCUAGUCUACAAGCAGUCUUCAGAAAUCAGCCCGCACGAUGCGUACCGCCGACGAAGCCCAGAGAGACGGAAGCCAUGGGACACCCGAAGUUUCGCCUUGGAAUACGGUCUGGGGACGCCCAUCGCUGGAAACUUCUACAUCGCGCAAUACGACGAUUAUGUGCCGAGGUUCCGCGCAGAGUUGUUAGCCGCUGCGGCAAACCAGUAAACUUUCACAUUUCUCUCCGUCGUAAUUUUUUCCCGAAAAUAAUAUAUCAAGGGAUUUUUCGUAGUUUUCAAUAAGUUGAUAUUAAUCUGAAUUUUUAGUUUGAUGCGAUCUAAAUUUGAAAUUGAAUUUAAAACGGUACAAUACAGGGUGCUUGUGUCUCUCCUUUUGGAAGUUUUGUUUUUGGAAUGCCUCCAUUUUCGUGGUCGUUUUUGCUUGUCAUUCUUUUUCUUGGAUUGAUAAGAUCAAUUUUGUUUGUCAUACUCAUUAUUGUCUUCAAAAUAAUAUGGAUCAAUGUCACCCACAUUGAUGACGUCCUCCUGGGGACGUCCUACAUCUUUCCUUUCUGUUUCGUCAUCAAAUUUACUCUUGAUAUAACCUGAAUCGCUUCAAUCUGAAAUCUAAAAGUGUAAACACUAUCGCAUAAUCGAUGGGCUGCACCACAUGCCGGGGCGAAAUUAUUUUUCCCAAUAUGAAUAUUCAUGGCUUGCGUCUUUGGAAUAAGCAUGCGCGUGGACUGAUCUUUACAAAAUUUUGGUCGUUCGCGUUGCCAUGAAUGAAUCAGCACCUUCAAAUUAUAGGCUUAGGCUGAGAUCUAUAUCUAAAUCCAAUUAAAAUUUAUCAAAUUGCCAUUAAUGACAAGAAAAAUGCAAGUCUAGGCUAUGCUAUGGCUAGCCUAUAGGCUAGGUAUUAAGUUUAUCUCAAAUCUGGACCCGUCUAACCCUAUGGUUAUCUUGGAGCUGGUUAAUUCCGAACUUAACGUUUACUUAGGUUAAACCAAAGAGAUAAAAUUAAUGCCCUAGCCUCGGCCAGCCAUAGCCUAGAAAGUCCACGAGCAUGCGUAUUCCGAAGACGCAAUCAUGAAUAUUCAUAUUGGGGUCCGGAAAUCAUAAUUAAUUUCGCUGCCGGGUGGGGGGGGCAGAGAGACGACAGUCCCUUCUAGUUUUCAUGUAGUGAAAAUAUAGGGAAAUAGGGAAGAAGACUGUAAAAGGAGAGGCCUAGAUGUGUCAUGUGCUCUACGAUACCCCCACAAAACAAGUGAUAAAAUAUGAACCCCCCCCAAAAAAAAGCCUCCAGCCACCACUGUCCGCAUCACAUGUCGAGUAGGAAUAUACGGUCAAAUCGAUUUGUCGAUUUUGUACCAAAUCAGUUUAUUUUCUAUUCUUGUUUUUUUUGGAAGUUUACAUGUAUAGAUAUGGAGACGAAACAGACUUUUCAGUAACCAUGAUAAUAAAUUGUACAAUAAAAUCAGACUGUUAAUUUGUUUAAGAAACUUCGCCCUCAAGUUUUGUUCGCUCGUUACACGUGGCCCUGGCAAGCAGGGGGUGCUGGUGGGGGUGCCGAAGCACCCCAAAGAUUUUCCUGGAGGUGCUGCGUCACGGUAUUAUAUUCCAUAGGCAGCACCCCUGGAAUUUUGGUAGAUGUGGCAAAAUCUUUUUUUUUUUUGAAAUGUAACCCAAAUGACGUCCAUAUUGUGGUGGAACUUAUUUUGCUUGUCAAUAUUCUCGUGUCCCAAACGACUUCAUUAUUUGAUCAAAUCUUCUGCUAUUACGGGAUCUGUCUUGACAAGACCUUUAUGGUUUUGUAUACAGCUAUACCUAAUUUACGCCUAAUUUCAAUACAAUAUCUAUACCAAGAUUUAUGUA